GCCACUAGCAAAGAUGGCAUGUUUAUACUGGUGAAGUUUAGUGGCUUCAGUGGUGCAACCAAAGACACAGUUCCUACAUGGGUUUCGAGAGAAAGAGUGCCUCUGAGCCUAAUCCGGUCAUAUUUUGAGAAAGAUCAUGAUAAUUAUGCUUCUGGCCUCAUUCCUGAUGACGAUGAAGAUGAAGAUCGUACGUACCUCCCCGACCCACGGCCAGCAGCGGACACGGACGAGGACGAGGACCAGGACAUGGACGAGGACAUGGACGAGGACGAGGACAAGGGCAAGUCCAAGGAUAUGGACGAGAACCAGGAUAUGGAGGAAGUCAAAGACGAGAACGAGGACGAGGACCAGGAUGAGGCCCAGGUAGUGGCCAAGAACAGCAGUAGGGCUUCCGGCGAACACAGUGUCUCUGUUGAAAAAUCUCCUAAAGCAAGAAAGCCAUCCCUAAAGCGGAACGUUUGCCCCUAUUGUGAUACCCUGCACACAAAAUUUGCACGCCAUCUUUUCCGGAAGCAUAAACGAGAACCCGACGUACCUGACGCGCUCGCCUUUCCAAAAGGAUCAAGGGAGAGGAGAAUCACUCUGGAAGGUAUCAUUCAUAAAGGCAACUUCAAACAUAACUGCUGUUUUCCGAGAUGGGCGAGGAACGAUCGUCCCCAGGAGGCGUCCACCCCAAGAUAUGAAUGUCAACGUGAAAGAUAUGCUGCCAUGUGGGAAAUUUCACGGUGUCUUUUCUAGACGCGACCUCUUUCGGCAUCGGUGCCACGCCCAUGGGAAAACUG